AUGUCGGUUACACAGGGGACUUGGAAUACCGGCGAGCAGAUUCGGUCGCACAAGCUUGCAUGUUCGAUCAUCAACUUUCACGAUACGGCGGACGCUGUCUUGGACGACUCAGAGCUUGAUCUACUCGAAAGCUUCACGAACGAUCCCUCGACGGAAAAUCGAGACAGGAUCUUGAGAGCCAAAGGCUGGGCAGAUCAGCCUGGCCAACGGCGCGGAAGUAAGGCGGCGGAGAACGGGAGCCUCGUUGGCCAUCUGAUCUCCAGGUACGGGAGCGAGGAACCUGCAUUGGACGACCGGGACUGGGAGCUUCUUACUGAGUGGUUCGGAAAGGGAAUGCCCACGGGUGAGCAUGUCCAGCGUUAA